AUGGAUUUGUUGACCCGUGCGAAAUCGCCGUGCUUGAGCCCGACGCGAGAUACUGAGGGACGGUACGCGUCGCUGUCUCCGCCAUCCGUAACGAUGGGAAGUCCCUCGCGGGAUGCACGAAUAGCUUCUUUGCACGAGGGGCGACCUGAGUACGGAGCCGCCCGUCCUGAUGGCUCUACGCCUCACAGAAGCUUCACUUAUGGCCACGUUUAAGUACAAGGAAAGAUUGAUGAAGAUAAUGUUACCGCACGCGCACUCCUAGAAGUACUCUAUAAGAAGAUAAAGAUUCUGUCUUCUAAUGUCUGGAAGUUCAAAAGGAACGCAAUGCGUCUCGAACGAUGUUGAAGGAUACUCAAAAUCCAACUAGCCUCUCUCCGGAGCGAUUGAAGCAAGACCGCGAGAACAGCCACGCUGCCGCACAGGCCUUCAUGAACCUGCAGGCAGAGCGGUACUUGGGGGAGUCCGCCAUGCAGUUCGGGACUGAGAGUCUGCGCAAGAACUUGCCGCACACUCUCUUAAGGCUUUCACAAAUUCUGCAUGAUCAUUGACAGAUUGCACCUUCAUUGACAAAUUCCUUUUUGAAAUAGUUUUUGAAAUAUAUGCAACAUUUCCUUUCGAUACUCGACGUCUUCAAGUAGGAAGAUGCAGUUGAGAGGAGAGGAAUUGCGGAGAGGUCUAACUCUGACCCGGUGCGCAUUAGAGGGCAAGCCAUUCUUCAAUUUCACCGAGUGGCCUGCACUUGUGACGGACGGCUGGGCACUGGACAAGGACGAUCCGUUGCUGGAAAAAGACGCGGGUGCAAAACUUCAGACUGUCUUGUUGAAAUUCGUGGACUUGACGGAUGCUGUGAGUGUCUCUUGCGCAACGCACGUAGAUCCCGAGAAAGCAGCAGCUAGCGGCGUCAACGCGCAGAAUUUGAAGAAGCGACAGAAGGAAAAUAGAAAAAUCCGAAGAGUAAUGCAAACAUGCUUGGCAUCGACACAGGCGGCUUCUGGCGUGGACGUCGAGCAACUAGGCGCGCCAGAGGGUGCUUCUACUGACCUGGAGGGCAGCGACUCAGACGACGCAGAUCAUGGGGGCGCAUCGGACCAUGAUGAAGGAAGGAAUAGUACUAGAGCGAAGGCACAGGCAAGGAAAAACGGAGCAGGAAAAGCCGGAGGUAAAAAGACGACGACCACAAGUCCAAGUGGAGGUGGGGCUAAUUAUGCGAACAGUAGUCAUGUUUUAGGUGCAGUAACAGCUUUGACGGGGAACAAGAAACCUGCAUCAGGUCGAGGUCCAACCGGAG